UGACAUGUUCUCCCUGUGUCAGUGUAGGAUUCCUCAAGGUGCUCCAGCUCCCUCCCACAGUCCAAAGACAUGCAGGUUAAUUGGUGACUCUAAAUUGUCCGUAGCUGACAAUGUGAGUGUGGUUGUCAGUCUGUAUGUGUCAUUCAUGUGAUAGUCAAGACAUUUAAAAUAAAAUUGAUUAUUCACUCAAACAAACUUUAGCUCAGGUUGUGCAGAUUACAGAGACAUUUGAAGAUACUCCAGGAAAUGACAUCACAAACAAAACCCCCAGUGUAGACACUGAGGACUGUUUCUACUGCAUAGAGUGUAAAGGGUUAAUGAAAUGUCCUAAUAAGAUACAUUAACCAUUGUUUUCUCUGUGUUUUAGUGAGGCUGUAGUGUGUGUGUGUGUGUGUGUGUGUGUGUGUGUGAGUGAGUGAGAGGAUGAGCGGUGGUAAAAAGAGGAGUGGUUUCCAGAUCACCAGUGUGACCUCAGACAUCAACCAGACUCUGGCUGGCCAAUCAGCUCCCAGUGUGGUCCUGACCAUCGUCCAAUCAGCAGCCUCUUCCUCCUGCAGCGCUCAGGGAAGCUCCUCCCAGCCGACCACGCCCUCUCUGAAGAGGAAAUACAUCUCCCACGAUGCCUCAGGGCAGGGGGCGGGGUCUUCCUCCAGGUUCAGGGUGGUGAGGCUGGCGGUGGGCGGGGCCGGCGGCGGUGGGCGGGGCGAGCCGUACUACCGCGGGCGAUGGACGUGCACGGACUUUGUGGAGCGUCAUGAAGGGGCAGUCUUCAAGCGGGUGAUGGACACCAUGAGACAUGCCCACUCGCUGGAGUCCCUGGAGAUGAUCGGUCGGGACAUAGACAGAGGUGCAUACCACUCUCAGGACACCGCCCACCUGCUGGCUCAGCCAAUCAGUGGCAAGGAGGGGGCGGGGCUUGUGCUGCACAGUGGGCCGCCUUCUCCGACACACCAAGAGCCAAUCAACAUCCGGCUCCUGGACCUCAAGGAGCCAAUGGGAGCUCAGGAUUUUGAAUCCACCCUUCCACCUCCUUCGCCCCGCCCACGAAUCGUCCCUCCACCUCUACGAUUGGAUGUCGAUUCUGCAGGACGGUCUGUCCUCAGGCUGUCCCACUCUCAGCCCAGCUCCCCCCCUGCUGGACCGUCCCAUCCCACUCUGACCCCCAUUCAAACUCCAGCAGCCUUCAGUCUGGACGAAACCAUCUUCAGCCUGUCGGGGGAUGACAGGUAAGUUAUUCAUGACUCACUGGUGGGUGUGGCCACUGUGGGGAGGUGUCUCACCUACAGUUAGCUGCAGACAGACAGACAGAGACAUGUGGACAGACAGCUGCAGGGAACAGAUACAACUCGAACAAUGAUUACUACAGCUAAUGAUGAUUGAUGGAUGAUGGAGUCAUGUUCUCUGUCACCAUGAACACACUGAGGGAACAUGUCUAUGAUUGUAGAACGUGUCUAUGGUUGUAGAACGUGUCUGUGGUUGUAGAAUGUGUCUGUGGUUGUAGAACGUGUCUGUGACUGUAGAAUGUGUCUGCGGCUGUAGAAUGUGUCUGUGGUUGUAGAACGUGUCUGUGGUUGUAGAAUGUGUCUGUGGUUGUAGCAUGUGUCUGUGGUUGUAGAAUGUGUCUGUGGUUGUAGAACAUGUCUGUGGUUGUUGAAUGUGUCUGUGGUGGUAGAAUGUGUC